AUGACUUCCCUCCGAGCGGACAUCUACGUCGCCCCGUCGUCCCCUGGACCAAGCCUAACGGCAAGCAAGGCGGCUUCUGAUCCCCGGUCUCCUGCACCCUCAUCCACGAUGCAGCACUUAAUAGAUUGGAUCAAGGCCCGCAUCCCAUCAAAGAAACUAACAAUUGUCCACAUAACCCACGGCAAUGGAGACCAUUUCGGCAUCCCGGUCCUCCAACAAGCCUUGACGGGCCUGACAGCCCUUGUAACACCCGGCACCAUUGCGCACAUGAAAGAACAGCUCGAACAACAUACUUUCCAGCGAACAUGGGCCUCUCGAUUCGCGCGGCAAAUACCCGCACACCAGAAAUUCGCCAAGUCCAUAGGCCCCGAACGAACCAUCAAGCUCGAAUUGCAUACCCUUCACGCGAUCGAGAUUCUCGAACUAGACGUGUGCGGCGAUGUGCACCAGAUGCUUUCUGAGACGAACACACGAGAGAAGCGUGGGGCGUGGAUCGCCAGCGCGCGCAAGGUUGAGAUAUUACAUCCUGAACUGGUUGUGCCGGGACACGCCUCAUGA